AUGAAUUCACACGAAGAAUCAUCCUCUUCGAAUCAUCAUCACGAAGAUGCUCCAAGCAAGACAUCAACUCCUUUCUGGAGUUUUAGCACCAUCCAACAUAUAUCGGAAAAGCUUGACCAUCAUCAAGAGCUCACUUGGAAGGAGUUUGCAUUGUGGAAGUUUUAUGAAAUCACAGAUCAUCCCAAGCCAAGAGGAAAUGUGAUAGUUGCUAAAAGUAUGGAACAUUUUGAUGAGAUUUUAAAUCAGGAAAAGCCUGUGGCAGUUGCAUUCACUGCUCCGUACAAGAAUAAUUGUGAGCACUUGAAAAAGAAGAUCCGAGAAAUGGCUCCUUAUUUUGAAAAGGAAGCGAAUUUUGUAGAAGUGGAUUGCUCCAUCACUCCCAACAUUUGUUACGAGAGAAAUCUUAUAUCUGUACCUGCAUUGGAUGUGUUUUAUAAGCCUAAUAAGAACAAUGAGAAAAUCUAUCGAUACAGAUAUUCCUACAGUCAUAGUGUAUAUGGAUUUCAUUCAUUCUUGAAAGAUUAUGGACUUUCCUCAUACGACCAUUCACCCUCAAUAUUUCGUAUGAUGGCAAAAAAGUUGGAAACCAUUCACAAGCAACAGCAACAAUAA